UUCGGUUCUCUCGGCCGGAAGUUCCGCCUCUCUCUAGGUCUGCGUGACCUGAUUUUGUAACCAACAGUUAAUGCCAUGGCUACACGGCUGCUCGCCAGGAGAAUCUGGUCCGUCUCUGGAAAAGACAUCCGCCGUCUGCCUGCCGUUGCCUCUGUCUCGUCGUCUCACUCUUUCUCUUUGAACUCCUCGGUCAGCACACAGUCCUGUCUGCGCCCGUCUCGGACUCUCGCCCGCUCCUUCCAUCUGUCCUCCCACAGAUGUGUCUCCUUCAAUGUGCAGGACAAUGAAGACUUCACAGAGAGGGUCAUCAACAGUGAUCUGCCCAUCCUAGUGGACUUCCAUGCACAGUGGUGCGGUCCCUGUAAGAUCCUGGGUCCCAGGCUGGAGAAGGUCAUUGCUAAGCAGGAGGGUCGAGUUGCCAUGGCCAAAGUGGACAUCGAUGAACACACAGACCUCGCCAUUGAAUACGGAGUGUCUGCAGUUCCCACGGUGAUAGCCAUGCGCGGUGGCGACGUCGUCGACCAGUUCGUAGGGGUCAAAGACGACGACCAGCUGGAAUCGUUCAUCAAGAAGCUCAUCGGACAAUGAAGCUGCCGGUCGAAACCUCAGACCCAAUCCACUUUACGUCUCAGUUUACAGCUCUGAUUAGUCAUGCUCGGUUCCCACGUCAUGUUUUUGUCUUUUAGCUUCUUCAUUGUAUUCAUAAAUUAGUCAUGUGUCCUUACGAGUGUGUGUGUGUGUGUGUAGGACUGUCCUGAUUUACUGAUACACCUUUUCGGAGGCUUGAUGUUAACAUUCGUAGACCCCUGCAUCAAACUUUAUGAUAGCUUUUUGCUUUACAGUCAUAUUUUGUUUUUUGGGAAUUUAUAGAAGGGAAAAGGGGGUCAGAAUAUGUUUUGUGCUUGAUUGUAGAGCCGGCUGCUUGUAUCCACUUGAGGGCGAUCUUAAUUUAUAAUCCGAGUUCACACUGUCCCUCCACACCAAGGGGAAUGGUUCAUAUAUCUCACACAUCCUAUAUUGAGAGUACUGAACUAGGAUAGGUGAAAGGUUUGUGUUUAUUAUCAUGGUAAACACUGUUCUAUAUAGUGGGGAAUGCACUGAUUCUGGAUCAGUAAGGUAGUUUGAGAAAAGCAGACAUUUCUCUUUCACUUUAAGCUGUGACUUUGGUAUCAGCAUGGAAGCAUGAAUUUAAAUGUGUGUAUCAUGACCAACUAUAAUGAAAUGCCAAAUAAAGGAGGAGAAUAGAUGAUUAUCCGCACACCGUCUCUGAACAUUUAUUUUACUUUGGUAAUACUGUAAUCACACACAGGAGCAGCACUGGAAAAAAAACCCUUGGCACAGAACAGCAUGUCUUACAUUCCAGUGCCGGCAGCAGGUUAAUGACUCAGUGUGUGAGCGGCUGGAAUUAAUACCAGCUUUGUUCUGGCUGUGCGACGUGGUGGAUCCAUUCCAGUGUAGCUGAAAUUAUUCGAAUAAUUUCAUUAGGGAACAUUACACAUGUAUGUCAAGGUUUCCCAUAGGUAGGAGGCACAGGGUUGUAAAAAUAUUGACCUAUUUUAAUAUGUUUUGCAUAUAUUACGUUGAAAUGUUUCACAUUUUUGUACAAAAUGCAACACGAGGCAAUAAAACACCAGGAAUCAUGAAUCAUCUAUUGAA